GGAGAGAGAGAAAGGCAGGGAGGGAAGGAGAAAGACUUAACUGGCAAACGUAAAGAAAAGCCCCUUCUGUCCUAGAAAGAGAAUAUUUUAAAGCCAAUCUCAGACCAGAAGAAAAGAAGCUGGCGGCAGGGUAAGUGCCAGGCAAGACCUGGGGAAGCGUAGGUUCACCAUCGACCACUUCCAUGCCCCCGCUGAUAUUUUCCCACAGGGUCUGAGGUGGUGUAGAGGCAGGGUGGGCCAGUUGGAUGCAUCCUGGACCCUGCACGACUAGGCAUCCCUCCAGAAACCCUACAAAGCACAACUCAGAAGAAAAGCGACUGGGAGACACUCUGCCUCUCCUUCUCUCAAACUGAGUCUGCGAGGAGAAGAGCUCGUCUCACCAAAGGGAAAAACUAUCAUCAGUUUUGAGACCCUUCUUUAGCCCCUGUUUGCCUGAUUCAGUACUUACCAUCCAUGGGGGAACAUCCUCUGCAGCUCUGCGGUCCUGCCCAAUCCUGCUAAGUUCCUGGGAAACACUAGUGAAGAGCUCAGCCCAGAGCAAGGAAGGUCCACAGAACAACAGCCUUUUACAGCAGCAGCCACCUCUGAUUAAAAUUAUCAAGCUUCAUCAAACUGCACCGAGAGCCAGGACUGCUCCUCCAAGGAAACAGAGGACCAAGCAAUGAUGAAGACUAUGUCUGGUGGAAACUGCACCCUGAACGUGCCAGCCAAGAACUCCUACCGCAUGGUAGUGCUGGGAGCCUCCAAGGUAGGGAAAAGCUCCAUUGUCUCACGCUUCCUCAAUGGCCGGUUUGAAGACCAGUACACUCCCACCAUUGAGGAUUUUCAUCGCAAGGUCUACAACAUCCGGGGAGACAUGUAUCAGCUGGACAUCCUGGACACCUCUGGGAAUCAUCCUUUCCCUGCCAUGAGGAGGCUUUCCAUCCUAACAGGGGAUGUGUUCAUCCUGGUAUUCAGUUUGGACAACAGAGAAUCCUUUGAUGAGGUCAAGAGGCUCCAGAAACAGAUCCUUGAGGUCAAAUCCUGCCUGAAGAACAAGACCAAGGAAUCAGCCGACCUCCCCAUGGUGAUCUGUGGCAACAAAAAUGACCACAGUGAAAUCUCCCGCAAGGUACGCUCAGAUGAAGGUGAGAACCUUGUCUCCAGUGAUGAAAACUGUGCUUACUUUGAAGUUUCUGCCAAGAAGAACACCAAUGUGGAUGAGAUGUUCUAUGUCCUCUUCAGCAUGGCUAAGCUACCUCAUGAGAUGAGCCCUGCCCUCCACAGGAAAAUCUCCAUCCAGUACGGUGACACCUUCCAACAGAAAUCCUUCCGGAUGCGCCGAGUCAAGGACAUGGACGCCUAUGGCAUGAUCUCUCCCUUCGCUCGCCGGCCAAGCGUUAACAGUGACCUGAAGUAUAUCAAAUCAAAAGUUCUCAGGGAAGGUCAGUCAAGGGAGAGGGAGAAGUGCACGAUCCAGUGAAGGGGCUUGCACUACUGCCUGAAGUCAUCAUCUACAUGCAGUGCCUUAAAGAAAAAUGGUCUGUGGAAGUGCAGAAUGGGCUCCAGGGUUCAUUGAGAAACCCCAACAUGGAGGAUGGAUAACCCUUACUGCAGAUUCUGCUGAGUCACACAUGUAAAUAACAUCAUCCUUGUCAAUGACUGGGAAAAAAAAACACAUAUGCCUGAGAUAUGAGUGCAUUUCUCUGUCUUUGUAAUGUAGAUCCUCUUCAUUCUCCUUUUCAUUUAAAGAAUACAGACCUGAGAAGGAAAUAAACUUCCACCUCAUCCUUACAAAGGAAGUAGGUCGAAAAUGCACAGAAGGCACUGACAGCUACUCAGCAUGCAGCUCUUGCUAGAAGAAGAGGUUAUGUGGAGGCGAGUGUGUAUCUAUCUCUGUGUGUAUGUGUGCCUGCAUGUGUGUGGACCACUUCUUUAAAAACUGGGUCUUGCAUUUCAAAGGGCAACAGUCUUACUGAGGUUUCCCAGAUUGGGAGUGAACUCUAUAUGGAUGCAUGACUCUAACUCACUUCUGAGGGGACCUGCAUUAAGAAGAUCUUGAUUAUCAUUUGACAUCAACAUGAAUGUUAUUUUGUAAAAUAGAUUUUAUUUGUUUGUUGAGGUUUUUUUUUAUUGUAUGGGGUUGGGCUCUUAGGAGAAUCAGAGAGCAAGUGCAUUUGGUAUCAAGACAGUGUCUACUUUCUAGCAGUGAAAGGUGUUUUCAUCUGUAAAACUAUGUAAUAUGUAAUUGACUGAAAGUGAAAUUGUUCUGCAAAAAGCCAAUAUAUCUGACUGCUCUGCAAGCCUGGUGUGAUAUUGUUCUCAAGCAGCCAAACUGACUCUGAAUACCAGAGUACAAAUGCCACCCCUUGCCUUGUUGACUACCCAAAAAUUAAGAACUGAACAAUUGUAGGUCCAGCUCCAUCACAAUUCUUCUGUUGACAUGCAUCUAGUAAUCUUGUGCAUGGUUUUCCCUGUUGUCUAAUGGAGGUUGUCUUGAUGGAAACCUUUGCACUGCAAAAGUCCUUCAGAACAGAAGCCUUGUGCUGCCUGUCCAAACAGGGCUGAACUGGCUGGCAAAUAAACUUGGGGCCAUCAAUUCACUUCUUCUCUUUCCCAGCCCAGUCCAGGCUUCUUUGUCUUCAGCUUUCUCCCUGUUCUGCUUUUGGCUUUGUUGUUCAAUGUGGGCCUGUAUGCCCUCAAAGCCAAAUAUAUUAUCUCAGAUGUGAGCUUGCCACUCUGCACUGACUGGAAUGAGAUGUGUGCACACAUAACUGUGGGCAAAGCAUGGCCCAAAGACUGUACACAACAGCAGAGUAUAUACGUUAUAUAUACCUCAAAACAACCUUCAGAUAUCUUGUCCGUCCCUUACCCUCAAACUCUGUUCUGGGCUGCAUCUGCCUUGCUGUGUCCUGGACAGAGCUGUGAGCCAGUUCAUGCUAUAAUUUGACAGGAAACCAAGAAUGAUGGUUGUAACAAUUAGCCUCUGGGACUCAAAAUCCCAUAUUCAUUUAGCAGCUCCAUCCUCCAUUGGUACUGUAUAUCGACUGGUAAAAUACACUGUUCUUUUAUUCCUGUUGUCAGGGCAGCACCUUUCAGAUCAUGCCCUCCUCCCCAUCUAUAAAAAUGUACAUGGUUUAUGAUUAAACUUGUUUUAUUUAUUACCUA